AACGACACAUGGCAGAAACCAAGUCGUGCUUCUCUACCCCUGGCCCCUUGGGCGUCCGCGGGAGGACAAUUUUCCACCAACGGGGGUCCGUUACCGAAAAACAAACAGCCUCUCAUGCUUCUAUAUACCCCUAGGCGUUCACGAGAGGGCAAUUUCUCUUGACGGGGUCCGUUGGUCAUUUUACUCGGGGUCAGCUCGCAAACGCACAAGCAACUAAGCAAGCACACCGGUAAAAAGAUUGCGCGGGUAAAAACUGGUACUACUACUCACCGAUCGGAGAUGGAAUCCUCGCCGGAAUCGAGACCGACGAAGACUCAACACGAGCAGUGGAUAGUCCAGCACCGCGUCUUCGAGAUCUACAACCUCUACAUCGACCUCCCCCACAACGCCAAGGCCGUCUCGUUGGAAGUUCAACGUGACAAGCACAUCGAGUACCUGACUAAAGGUCUCAGGCAACUCGGUCCCACCUUCGCCGUCUUGGAUGCCAAUCGGCCUUGGAUUUGUUAUUGGAUUCUUCAUUCUAUUGCUUUAUUGGGCGAGUCAGUUGAUCCAGAACUGGAAGAUUGUGUUAUUGACUUUCUAUCUCGUUGUCAGCAUCCAGAUGGUGGAUAUGGGGGUGGACCUGGACAGUUGCCUCAUCUUGCAACAACUUAUGCUGCCGUCAAUUCGCUUAUAACUUUGGGUGGCCAGAGAGCACUAUUAUCAAUUAAUAGAGAUAAAUUGUUCUCGUUUCUGCUGCAAAUGAAGCAUGUAAGCGGGGGUUUCAGGAUGCAUGAUGGCGGAGAAGUAGAUGUCCGUGCUUGCUACACUGCCAUUUCUGUUGCCAGUAUUUUGAACAUUUUGGAUAAUGAACUGGUUCAAAAUGUCGGAAAUUAUAUAGUGAGCUGUCAGACCUAUGAAGGAGGUAUUGCUGGCGAACCAGGUUCUGAAGCUCAUGGUGGGUACACCUUUUGUGGGCUGGCUGCAAUGAUUUUAAUCGGCGAGGUCAAUCGUUUGGACUUGCCAAGUUUAAUAGAUUGGGUGGUAUUCAGACAAGGAAUAGAGGGUGGAUUUCAGGGUAGAACGAAUAAAUUGGUUGAUGGCUGCUACUCCUUUUGGCAGGGGGGAGUGUCUGCAUUGAUACAAAGACUACAUUCAAUUGUUGAUGAACCAUUGAUGCCAUCGGAUGCUGAAGAUGACUGUAGUACGGGAACAGAAAGUUCUGCAACUUCGGAUGUGUGCGAUGGUGAACAGGAUUUGGAAGGGAACUUAUCGCAUGCUGAUGAUACUUGCCAUUUAAGGCAGGAAGGAGAACAGACCACGUUCGAUCCUGCGAACUUUUUCAAUAUUGGUUUGAAUUUUAUUAGAGGACAUUCCAAAUUAGAACCUCUUUUCCACAGUGUGGCCUUGCAGCAAUACAUUCUUCUGUGCUCUCAGGAGGAAGGAGGAUUCAGAGACAAACCCGGAAAACACAAAGACUACUACCACACGUGUUAUUGUCUGAGCGGCCUAUCGGUAUGCCAGUAUAGCUGGUCAAAGAAGGCUGGUUCUCCUCCUUUGCCCGGGAUGGUACUGGGUCCUUAUUCCAAUCUCUUGCAGCCGGUCCAUCCUCUCUUCAAUGUCGUCUUAGACCAGUUCUACGAAGCACAUGAGUUCUUCUCAAGGACCUAGGUUUCUUCUUUUCUAUGUUAAUCAUCAAGCAUAGGAGCUUAACGGGUCUCAUGCGAUUUGUUGUAUCCUAACGGGCAAUGCGGACGUGUAAAAUUUGAAGUCAGCUCUGUAUCUUUGUGAUAAUUUUUUUUCUAACGAAAAGGAAAACCAUAAGUUGUAAAGAGCCUAGCAAAGGGAUUAAUCUGAUGUUGUGGCUGGAAUAAGGUUCCGAUGGUCUUGCCAAAUUUCA